AUGUUUAAGGUUGUUCCGAUUGUUGCUGCGCUGGCCGCUACGGCGUCGGCUUACGCCGUUGGAGGCGGAUAUAACAUUGUGACGAAGCAUGCCACCCAGUACUACGGAAGUGGUGUUGGUUCCGGGGAGAACUACGGAGGUUACGGUACAUCGGGCGGUUACGGAACAUCGGGCGGUUAUGGAAACGUGGGCUACCAACAGGGUGGCGGUAAUCAAGGCGGCGGCUACGGUGACGGUGGUUACGAGGAGAGCUACGACCACAAGGAUUACUACGCGUACCCAAAGUACAAGUUCAACUACGGCGUACAGGACUCGCACACCGGGGACCACAAGAGCCAGUGGGAGAUCCGCGACGGGGACGUGGUCAAGGGUGGCUACGAGCUGUACGAACCCGACGGUACCAAGCGUGUCGUGGAGUACACCUCGGACAAGAUCCACGGAUUCAAGGCGGUCGUGAAGAAGAUCGGCCAUGCUCACCAUCCGCAGGUCUACGGGACCGACAACGGCGUUUCUGGCAGUGGCUACGAUGGAGGGCACUACGACGACAGCUACAGCUACAGCAACUCUAACUGAGACCGCUUAGCUCUUAACCUUACUUAAAUUACCUGAGAUUAUACUACAAACCUGAGAGUUGCACGGUUGGUGAACGCGAACGUUGCAUGAAAGAUUGUGUACAGUGUACCGAAUAAGC